AUGACUUCGAAACGAGAGCGAGCAACGCUUGCACAGAAGAUACAAGUAUUGGACUAUUUCCAUUCAUCUGGGAGUUCACAGUUGAAAACAGUCAACAAAUUUAGAAACGAAAUAUCAAUAUCAAAAUCAUCACUCAGUGAAUGGCUCAAACGAGAAAACGACCUACGUCAAAGCUUUGCUCAAGACGAAUUCAAGCUGUCAAAGAAUAGUCGACGGAAAGUGAAGUUCAAGUACGAAAAGAUAAACAGAGCCAUGGACAUGCUAGUUCAAUCGAGAUUGGAAAAGAAUGAACCAAUAACGCAGCCAAUUUUACGACAACAUUGGUCGGUGUACGCUCACCAAUACGGAGUUGAUGAUCCAAAACGAUUAAUCUGUUUUAGCCACGGGUGGUUGAAUCAGUUUAAAAAGAGACAUGGGUUGAAAAGAGGAUCUCUGCUUGCUUGUGGGUCGCUAAUACAAGAACCUCGCACAAUGGGGGAAAGUGAGGAGGCUAAUGAGGGACUGUUGUCCGAUCUGAGCUUUGACUCUGUCACGAAUAGUAAAGAGCUUGGUGUUGAAACAGAGAAGGAACCCGCAUAUCAGCUUAAUAGGAGUAUGGUCAUCGACACACAGUUGUCUGAAGUGGCUGCAUCACCAUCGCCAAACACUAACGACCUUGCUGAGGAUUUGAGAAUGGUUAGAGACACAGGCGUGAGUACUUCCAAUACUCUAGAGCCCAAUAGAGCUUCUGGUACACACCUACGACCAGAUUCAGAUUCAGAUGAAACAAAACUACCGAGUCAAACCCCACCUUCAUUACUAGACUUUCGUAUACGUAAUAGAAUACGCCCGCUAUUUUUAAAGCAUCCAUUGAGCAAUCCAUCUGUUGAGGUGAGCAAUGUGCCAGAUAGUGAUACAGAAGCAAUCGAACGUUUGAAUAAGCAUCACAGACUGAGGGAAAAGCAACCAGUUCAACAACAAUCUGAUACCACUCUUGAUCACUUAAAUACCAAUGCAUCUUCACCCACUGGCACGGCUGAUUCUAUAAUUGGUAAUGAUGAUACAGUUGAUUUGACCACUACAGUGCUGAAUACAAUGGAUACGGCGUCAAACCAUGCCACUCAGCAACAGACUGAGUCCAAAGGCGUACAAAGCGCAAAUGACAAUAAACACAUAGAAAAUCAAGUCGAUGUGGAAACUUUUAUUCUCACUACUGCUGAUAAAUUCUUUCGGAUGAAUUCUCAACAGUAUCCCGAGACAUCGAAAAUAUACCAGAGCCUCAAGCAAGCUUUUAUCCGUGAGCUAGUAAUUGCCAGAAAAAACGUAAACAAAACCCAGCAGCAGCUGUGA